GAUGAUUCCGUUAGGCAGGCAGGUGAUGUAGCUAGCGAGCAAUGCACAGGCGCUCUCUCUUUCUCUCUCUGAGGCUGCUUACUAAUUUGAAAACAACACGCUGCUAGCAGCAGAAAGAGAUAAGCGAGGGGGCUGUGUGUUAGUGGAGUAGAACGGACGGACAGAACAGCACCGGACAUUGUCAUGAUUCUUUCUUUCUCUUUCUCUCCAGUCUCUGGAAUGACUGUAAUUGCUGUUGGUUGGUCAGUGUUGGGAUUUGCAGAGGAAGGUGCCGUAGUGCAGAUCUGCCUUGCCUAGGACAAGGAGGGACCGUCUCUCUGUUUCUAAGCCAUAUUACAGGAGGCACAGUUACUGCAGGGCUUCUUUCUCUGUCAUUGACUUGUGAUUGGGGACACCCACCAUGGAGGCCCCGCUUGUGUGCCUGGAUGAGGAGUUCGAGGACCUCAGGCCCUGCCGGGUAGAGGACAUGCCCCUCAGCCGACCCCCUUACAGCACAGUCUCCCUGACCCCCAUCACCCGUGAGGACUUCUCUGAACUGGAGAACUUCUCUGAGAUGAUGAGUUUCAAGUCCAUGGAGGACCUGGUCAACGAGUUUGACGAGAAGCUGAAUGUCUGUUUCCAUAACUACAACACCAAGACGGAGGGCCUGGCCCCCGUUCGCAACCAGUCUCACACCGAGGAGGACGAGGAGCGGCUGCAGGAUGAAGAUGUGUGGGAUGCGCUGAUGGAUAACUACGUCCCUUCCUCUGUCUCCAGCUGGGAGAACCCCAACUCAGAGGGAUUCAACGGCAACCUCUCCGAUCAGGAGAUUCAUGAAAAAGAGGAGGAGGAGAUGAACGAGAAGAACGACAAUGCCAACUGCCUGAGCGAGGAGCCUCUCCUCACUGCUGAUCAGGUCAUUGAGGAGAUAGUUGAGAUGAUGGAGAACUCUCCGGACCCUGGUGAGACAGAGGAGGAUGACGAGGAAGAGAGUGGACACUCCUCACCCAAGACCAACCCAUCCCUUCUGGAAGAGAUCAGACAGCUGUCCCAGGCCGCCAAUAACAACAUGUCUUCUUAUGAAGGCUUGAGUGUAAUGCCCAGCUCGGCCCUGGUGGAGCUGCUGUGCCGGGUGGAGGCGGCCAUCAGAGAGUACUCCGAGGAGCUGGUCACCCAGCUGGCGCGUCGUGACGAGCUGGAGUUUGAGAAGGAGGUGAAGAACACGUUCAUCACGGCCCUCAUAGAGGUGCAAAACCGCCAGAAGGAACAGCGGGACACGGGCAAGCGCAGGCGCCGGGUCGACAAGGGCCUCAGUCUGCAGGGUAACGCGAUAACCACGACUGUGAUUGGUGGAACACCUACUAUGAUCAACGCCUGCACAGACUCCAAGCCCGCCUCCAUGCCUACGAAGCGGUUCAGUAUGGAGGGACUCUCCAACAUCCUGCAGACAGGCAUCAGACAGACAUUUGGCAGCACAGGGAUGGACAAACUGUAUCUAAACACGGUAAUUCCAUAUGAGAAGAAAGCAACUCCUCCAACUGUGGACGACCUUCAGAUGAUCACUAAUAUUCUUUAUGCCAUGAAGGAGGACAGUGAGAAGGUGCCUACACUGCUAACUGACUACAUAUUGAAAGUGCUGUGUCCUACUUAAAGAAUUCAAGCCAUGGGCUGCUGUCUGACGGAGACUUCGGAGGAGACUCCAAUCUGGCAACCCUCCACCCGUCCAAGCUGCAUGAGCUCCCCCCGCUUUCAUUGUCAGCCAUGGACCGUUACCAUCUAAAACACUGUACCUUACUCAUCUAAUAAAACUACUCCUUUUUGCUGA